CGACCGAGCCGCACCCGGACCCGAUGUCGCUGGUCGCCUACGACGCCUCCUCCGACGAGGACGAAGCCGGCGAACCUCCCGCCGCCGCCGCCGCCCCCGCCGCCGCUCCGGCCCCUCCUCCCCGCCCCUCUCCCGACAUCGGGCCGCAGCCGAGGCCUCCGUCGCCCUCGCCGUCCGCGCGCGCCACGCCCCGGCCUGCCGCCCCGCCGCCUGCCCCCAGCCAGAAUGUCUCCCUGCCCACACCAUCAUUUGACCUACCAGACAUCGCAGAUCUUUUUGAUUCCCCCUCUCUCCCCAACAGAGGUUCUGCUGGUAUGGUGGGAAGUUCAUCAAGGAAAAGAGAAUCAAAUGGAUCAGCUAUUCAAGAUCCACGUAGUAAAUUUCCAAGGGCCCAGUCAGCUCAAUCUCGUGGUGCCAGGAAUGCUGCUGCGAGCACAUUAGUUCCACCACAGCUUAGUGGAAGGAGUAACGUUGUUACUGAAGAUAUGGGCAAACUAUUUGUGGCAAGACGCAAAGAUUAGCUCGAAGUACCACUUUAUUAACCUCUACCUGGAUCCAAAUGACACAUCUAUUGGCUCUCAUGGACAGACAGACAUGCAUUAUUGACGGAUGAUGGCCGCUCAAGAGAUUGGACAUGCUCUUUCUAUGACAUCUGUUUGAUGCCUGUUUCUUUAGUGUUCACCUGCAACAGCAGUACAUGCUCUGUUGUAGCAUGUAGGAGUACUUCUUUUAGGACAAUCGGAUAUAUCGAUCUACUCUGCAAGGAGAACCUAGAUGUGUUGUUUAUCAUUUGGUUAGUAGUAAGUCGAUGGAUUAUCAAGAGAAUGUAGCUUUCAUUUGAAAAAUAUAGAUGCAUGCAUGAUUCAUGAGUGCA